AUGGCAUUGUUGUACAGAUGCUAUAGUAAGACACUAUUUGUUCUAUGCAGUGGUGCAGCUUCAAAAGUACCUCUCUCAUCUAAAAAGAAGGCUAAACAAAGUCAUGUAGAAGAUAUUCUUGGUGCUGUUACAGAUCGAAAGCUUCCAAUUGAACCUUUUAGACUUUCUUUGCCUGAUUUUUGUGGCAAGUGUGGUGCAAAGAAAUUUAUGUUCGAAUCUUUGCAUUUCUGUUGUGGGAAUGGAGAUAUUACGAUAGCUGCAACUGAUUAUCCUCAUGAGCUUGUUUACUUGUUUACUUCAAGAGAUGAAAGUGUUGUGCAUUUUCGAAAGUAUGCUAGAUUAUACAGCAAUCUGUUUGCAUUUAGUUCGUUAGGGGGGCAUUAUUAUGCAAGUACUUACAAAGGGAUGUAUCUAUUCAAGCUGCAAGGCCAAAUGUAUCAUUUUGUGCCAGAUUUAUUUCCUGAUGAUAGCAAUCCCAAGUACCUACAGUUAUACUUCUAUGAUGGUCAGCAUGAAGCAGAAAAUAGAGUAGGCUGUUUCCCUGAAAUAAGAGAAGAUAUAGUUAGAAUUCUUAUGCAGGUAUCUGAAAAGAAUCCAUAUGCUACCUUCUUUCGAUCUUUGCGAGACAGGGCUAUUCAUGCAGAUACAAAAAUUGUUCUUAAUCGAAGUUCAGUACUUGAUCAGCGAGUUUAUAAUGUUCCUGCUGUUGAUGAUGUAGCUGUGAUCUGGCCAGAAACUUAUUCAUCGAGCGAAGGCUUGGGCCCUCAUAUAUUAGUCACUGGAAGAUCUGAUGAAUCUCACCGAAUUUAUCAUAGUUAUGGUUGUUAUGAUCCCCUUCAGUAUCCACUGUUAUUCCCUCGAGGAGAAUGUGGGUGGACUCAAGGCCUUAAAAAAAAUUCUCAUCCAAGUAGGAGGGCAGCAGAUUCGAUUCCAGAUCCUAUAAUGUCCUGUGCUGUGCAUAGUGCAGAAGAUUUAUUAAGUCAGGAAGAAGCCCGUUCAAAGCGGAAAAAUACCAAAGCAGAUAAGUUCAUUUCUGCUAGGGAAUACUAUGCAUACAGAUUGCAAAUCCGCCCGAACAACAUGCUGCUGCUUGAUUACUUCAGAAACAACCAAGAAACAAUAAGGGCUGAUUUGUAUAAAGGUAUAUUGGAUUCACUGGAUUCUGGGGAAACUCUUGGUCAUAAUGUUGGACGGCGAGUUAUAUUACCUCCUACUUAUAUUGGGGGUCCUCGGGAUAUGAAAAAGAGGUACUUAAGUGCUAUGGCUUUAGUACAGCGUUUUGGUAAACCGGAUCUUUUUGUGACGAUUACAUGUAAUGUUAAUUGGCCUGAAAUUAAGGCCGAGCUUGCGGCUGGUGAGACGGCACAGGAUAGGCCAGACUUGGUAGCUAGAAUUUUUAGGGCGAAGUUGCUUGCGCUUAAAAAGGAAAUUAUGGAGAAGAAAGUAUUUGGAGAGGUUACUGCAAUGGUAUAUGUCGUCGAGUUCCAAAAAAGAGGUUUGCCGCACGCUCAUUUUUUAAUUGUUCUGAAACCUGAAUAUAAGCUGAAGUCUCCUGCUGAUUAUGAUAGAUUUGUUUGUGCUGAAAUACCCAUUGAGACAAAUCUUACUUUGAGAAGAAUUGUGUUGGCGCAUAUGAUGCAUGGCCCUUGUGGUGUGUUGAAUCCUGAAUGCCCCUGUAUGCGGAAGAAUGGCCUAAAGCUCAGCUUUUGUUCGACAAUUAAAGCAGUAAAGUACCUGUACAAGUAUGUUCAUAAAGGUCAUGAUCGGAUUUCGUACAAUGUUGUUGCUUCUGACAGCAAUUUUGUAGAUGAGAUUAAGCAAUAUCAAUCAGGUAGAUGGGUAUCUCCUUGUGAAGCUGCAUGGAGAAUAUUCAGUUUUGAUUUGUUCGAAAUGCACCCUGCAGUUUUUCCUCUACAGGAAGCUGCUCUAAAGCUUGGUCUUAUAGAGGAUGAUGAUGCAGCUAAUUCAACCAUGUCUGAGGCAUGCGAAACUCAUAUGCCUGCUGCUUUACGGCAUCUUUUUGCUACAGUCUUGAUGUUUUGUCAGCCACGCGAUCCUCUUGCUUUAUGGAAUGCCUACUACACUUUUCUUGCUGAAGAUUUUUCUCACAGAUUUCCGAAUCAGAUGGUCAGUGAUGAGUUCGGACGUACCAAAGAUAUUGUUGAUGCUCUUGAUGCACCCAUUCCAGAGGAAUGCUUAAGCUGUCGUUCAAAGCUCAACUUUGCACAGAAUAGUGCUUUUGAGUGUAUUAUGGAUCAUGUCAAGCAGCACAAAGGGGGCGCGUUCUUUGUUGAUGGCCCUGGAGGUACAGGUAAAACUUUUCUUUACAAUGCUCUAUAUACAGAAAUACGACAAAUGAACAAGAUUGUAUUACCGACAGCUACAUCAGGCAUUGCUGCAACAAAUAUUCCUUCUGGUCGAACUGCUCAUUCUCGAUUCAAAAAUUUCGAUUGA